AUGCCUCUCUACGAAAUCCGACACACAACGCCACUCAAUGCUGGGCAACAAGACGCUCUUGCCCAGGGCAUAACAAAAAUCCACUCGACCAAAUUCACCACGCCGAAACUUUUCGUCAACGUCUUGUUCACGCCCUUCGCUGACAAGACAUACUAUGCCGGCGGCGUCCCCGUCAAAGCAAACCACAUCAUCGCCAAUGUUCGUAGCGGCCCUUCAAGAACCAAAGCCGACUGGGACUCAUUGAGCCGCGAGAUCAUUGCCAUGUGGGAUGAUAUCGUCGGGAAAGAUGGAGGGGACGAGUUGAGGACGUUUUUCGUGCUAGGAGGCAUGGAAGGUGGGUAUGAAGCCGGGUUUCUUAUUCCAGAGGCUGGUGGUGAUCAGAAAUGGAUGGCGGACAACUGGAGUGGGUUCGAGGAGAAGGCGAGGAACGGGGAUAGGGAGUUUCGGGAUUUGAUGGCUGAGAUUAAAGAAAGAGGGUUGUUUAAAGGGGAGGCCAAUGGUCAUUGA